GUAACCUUUCUGCCAGAUAUUAGGGAUGUUAAGAUCCGAGGACGGCGAUGAGAUGAAAACGUUGCUUGACAAUUUGCGUUCAUUCAGUGUUAAUUAAGAUUGUCCUAAUGUGCUUUAAGUUUGUCAGGCGAGUUCUCCUAGAGAGAACCAUAUCCAAGUUCAGAAAGAGAAAGAAAAUUUCGUCGCGGUUGUUUAUGUCCAGAAUAAAACGUUAAGUUUGGCAUUUUCAACUUCUUUCACUUCGCAGUCGUGCAGGGACGCUAAAGAACGUACAGAAAAAAAACGUGCUGCACGUGCAAAGUAGUUGUUUUGCCAAUCUACAUUUGUCAACAUAUUGCCUUUUCGAUGUUCACGUUGCGGCCGCCGUCAUCUUAUCUUAAGGUCCCUUUUGUGUAGUUGAUGGAUUCUGUCUAUGUGUGUAGACGGUCCUUAAGAAAUUGGGUCACGGGCAGGUCACCCCGCUCGAGUGCCUUUAGGACGUGCUGAAUUUCCUGUUUUAAAUCCAGGUAGCCUUCUGAAGAGGGGGGGGAGGGGGGGUAAGCUAUAAUUCUAAUUUCCAGCAAUGCUUUGGAAUAUAACCUUAAUUAAGAGAUAAUGAGCUAAUCUUAGCUCCUUCUCUCUUACCUUAAUUUAAGUAAUGGUGAAUUUAUUUAAGAAUGGCUGUCUCUGUCGGCGUAAUAUAACUGCAAGUGUCACAUUGAGUAACAACCUCGUCCCCAGGGCGCUUUUCCCGCCUCCAAAGCCAGGGAAAAGCGCCCUGGGGACGAGGUUGACAGAGUAAACUAUCUUGAUUGCUUCAUUGCUCGGGUGUUAUAUGUGCUUUAGAAAAGUCCAAAUAAUCCGCAUAUUAUCUCUUGUUCGCAUGUGCCUACUGUAGGUUUUAUACAGUCGACAUCCCGGUAACUCGAACCCUCUAAUUUCGAACCUUCCGCUAACUCGAAGCAAUUUUCAUUUCCCAUCAAAUCGUUUUCUAUACAAUGUUACGCUCGAUAACUCGAACUCGAACUUUUCGUUUGAAGGUUCGAAUUAUCGGGAGUCGGCUGUAUGUAUAUAAUACAAUUCAUUUUUUUAUUUAUGCCUAUAUACCGACAAACUGUUGCGCAUGAGUAGUCAUUAGUAAGCGCUAUUUUUGCAUUCUACUGUUUAAUUGAAGGAACUCGACAUUAUGGACCCCAUUAGAUUGUGCUGCAGCCAAAGGCCAUUUGAAAGUGGCUAGUCUGUUGCUGGAGUUUGAUUCACCUAUUGAUCCCACAGAUAAAGCAAAGGUAAACAAACGAAUAUGUAUGCCUUCUUGUUGGUAUUCUGGGGUUACAGUAAUAUUUUCCAUGAUCUUCCCUUAUAUAUUAUUGCUUCUAGUUCUAGUCAACCGUCCCUUUCUAAUCUGCAAUUACCAGGCGUCAGUUUUAUUACGAAGUGGUAAUAUGAGAGUAAAUAGAGAGCUUUAGAUUCUAAAACGAGGACGACCACGAGUGCGAGAUUUUCUCAAUAGUAAGUAGUACGCUCGCUUGAACCAGCGUCAUUAUGGCGGAAAACGCGAUAACCGUCGUCAUUCUCGAAGUGGCGGAAAUAAGUUAUCAAAUGUUAGAAGUUUUACCAUUUUGCGAUCGGGAGAGGGUUUAACCUCCUCCAAUAAAGAUAACAGUGCCAACUUUUCUGGUGAGAAAAACUAUUUUUUGACAAUACGCGAAGAAAUGGUAAAUCAGAUCUCGAAGUCGUAGUCGUUUUCGUCCUCGAAUCUAAUGCUGGUCGCGUUUUGAAGUUUACUCUCGAUUUGACAAGUUCUGACUUAAGAGCUCUGUACCCUGUUUAUAUGAAAAUUUGUCUUUGUUUUUACAGACUACUCCAUUGCACUUGGCUGCAAGAGAGGGACACCCUGAAGUUGUAUCCCUGUUACUGUCCAAAGGAGCCGAUAUAACGCUUACAGACCACACAGGACGAAACUGUCUUGAUUUAGCGAUAGAUAAUGGUCGCAAGUAUGAAGUGAUUGUUGUUACACCUGUUACCACCGCAAAGUACACCCGAUCCCAGUCUCCAACAUUUGGUGUCUUGUGGAUAUCGGAUAGAUUACAAUAACUUUUGAGUGUGGUCUCAAAUUCGUCAAUUAGUCUUGCAGGGGAAACCAAGGAACUUAUAAUAUAUGUAUAGGCAAUUUUAAGCUUCGAAUUCUUUAAUUAUGAUUGUUUGUUUGAGGAGCUAUAUUAUACUCGCGAUACAAUGGUCCAUCUCGAUAUCCUGACAACUCGAACGUGGUAUGCAAAAAGAAACGCCGCUACAUGUCGAUUUUAACCUACUUCUCAGUGUCUAGGUAUCACAUUAUUUUUGUCCUCGGGUAAAAACACUUCCGUGUGUAAUAUAUCACCUAAACAUGAAAUUUCCUCCUUCCAAAUCUUUUGGUGUUUCGGUUCUAUUCUCGCAUAAUCAUUACAACGAUAUACAAUAUCGUAUCUGCUAAAGGUAUCAUUUGCUGAAAGUAUUUAACCCUGGUACACUAACUUGGCUUCCUCUGUUUUGUGUUUCACAAGUAUACGCCAGCUCUUUGAAUUUUGUAUGAAGCUGCACAAUCCUUUCUUAAAGCGUCUUUUUGGUUUCAGGGAAGCAGCACGCGCUAUUGUCAAUGACGAAAACUGGAUGCAAGCCAUGCGGAACAAGACUUGGGAACAACGUCGAGUAACCACACCAAUGAGGAAACUAAUUAUUAAACUUCCUGGUAUGUGUAAACCUUUAAACCCUAGGAGUAAUCAGCAUCAAAUUUCUCCUUUUAAUAUCAAUGCUUUGUAAAACAGAGUGGUCAUGAGAAUUACGGACAUGAUCACACAAGAUGAAUUUGGUUGUUUAUCAACCUCUCCCCACCACUUCUGUAGGAAAUGAUAAAGGCAACAAAUGAGAAUUCAAAUUUUAAUCUUAGGGUUUAAAGGGUUAACGUCAAGAGGGGAUUUUAAUAUUAUAAAUUAAAAUGACUGCUUUUCUUUAAAGAUCCUUAAACCAUUUUCAAGAAAUGCUGCAAUAAUGUGAGCAGUUGCUCUAAUCAUCAUUUUUUAACUGAAAGACAGGAGAUGUUCCCACCAUUUCUUAUGUAUUCUCUUCCUAUUUUGUUUUGUGAUCGAUGAAAGAUGGAACAGUACCCGGGCUUAUCAAGCUUUUUCUUGUGCAGUAAAGGACAUACAAUCAUCAUAUGAAUAGGUCUAUGAUACUCAGGCAGGGUUCUAUAGGGUAUUUGAGGGUUAGAAGCUUCCCCCCCUCCAAAAAAAAGAAAAUAUUGUUAUCAUUACAGUAUAUAAGUAACUAUAUCGAAAAAAUCAUCAAGACGCGACGAGGUUAGUGCACACACUGUAACAUUUCUCAAAAUUGUGUCUCAAAAUGCACCAGAUUGCAUCUCAGUGCAUAUUUAUUUCAAAAAAUUUCCGGGGGGGGACCCCUCGAGGAGGCUUGUAACCUUCGGCCACUCAGGACUUCUCUCCCAAAUGAUAAAUCCUAGAUAGAACCCUGUCAGGCACAGACAGAUUUUGUUUCCCAAAGAUAGCAAACUUUAUCAUGCAAAAUGCGGACCUUGGCUCUAUUCCUGUGAUGUUCCAGUUUGACUUUGAGUUUCCUUCCCUACUCUGUAAAAUUCUGAAAACUAUACGCACCUAAUUUUUGGUCAUUUUAUUUGUCCUGGUCUCUUCAGAAGUGGCAGAGAUCGUAUUCAACCGGUGUAUCAAAGAAAGUGGUGUUAAUUCUGAAGACGAAAACUAUCAGAUCACCCUCUAUUAUGAAUUCUUGGAAGACGUGUACUCUGACUGGUUAGACAACGAUGGAACAGCAUCCGAGACUUCCAGUGUGGCGAGUUUCUCCAUGGAAGAUGAAAUUCCAGAAGACGAUAUGUAUCAGAGACUCAGAGGCAAAUCUGCAAUGGAAGAGGCUGUUAAGCAGCUGGAAGAAAAGAAAAGCCAUCCGCUGAUGAUUAUGGUGAUAAUACGUGUUCUGAUAAUUUGUGACCUAGUGUGUGUGUGGAGGGGGUGGGGGGGAGGUGGAUUCGUCCAGAGUGAAAGGGACAAGUAUGAUCGAAGGAUUUUUGGGGGUUUGAAAUUUUCCCUUCCGGGAUUUUUCGGGUGGGAAAAUUUGGCAAAUAUAUUUUUGGGUGCCUUGAUGUAGUAGGGUUUUUUUGAUUAUUCGAAACAAUCUGAAGAUUGGUAUAGUAACGCGCGUGUAUUCCAGCCGUGUAGUUCUUAUACUACUAGAUGACAAAAAUAUAAAAUUCACGCGGUACGAUGGCUAAACAACCCCAAACUUUUAACUACCUUUUUUGUUUUUGUGGCGUAUCAUAUCAUUUAUUCCUUUAUGGAAAAUUUUUAGGGCUUGGAAAUUGGGAUUUUUUGGGGGUAUUAAAUGUUUAAUCUAGGUGAUUUAUUGGUUUUCCUUUGAAGUCCUGAGGAUUUGUGUGUGUGUGUGUGUGGGGAGGGGGGAGGGGGGCAGGGAUUCGAUUUUUCCCCCAUUUGAUCAUCCCCGUCACUCCGCUGUACCCCCACCCCCGGGUGUGGCCAUUUUUGUGGCUUGGGUUCAUAUGCCGGAGGUGAGGUCAUUUGUGGGUUGAGUUUGUUGUUGACUCCCGUCGGUGAUCCGUGCGGGUCUUUCUUUGUUCCUUGGUACUACCGUUUCUCGAUCUCCCCGAAAACAAACUCUUUUAAAUUCCAUAAUCGAUUUUUAAAGACUCCAUGGUGUAAAAUGAAUAACAGUCGAAUGUUUUUCCUCAUUGUUGCAGGUAAAGAACCAAAGAGAACAGUUGCUUGGUCAUCCCCUAGUCACCUUUCUGCUACAUUACAAAUGGCAGACGUUUGGAAGAUACAUCUAUUACUUUAAGCUCUCUCUUUAUAUAAUUUUCCUGUUUUUCUUGACUGGUUAUACUGUCUACUCCACUGAUAACGCCCCAAAUUGCAAUAAAACAAACGCUGCUGUUAGUAAUGACCUAAAAGAAUCUGUUCCGUAUUUUCUAUGGAUAGAGGUUGGCCGUAUUGUUAUUUUGGCAUUAGCAUCCUGGCACAUACUCUCUGAGGUAGGUCGUCAUUAGUCUGCUACAUAGCCGUUUUUAGAGUCGUCACGCAACGCUCCUCCCCAGCUUUGCGUGACGACGCUAAAAGCGGCUGUGUAGCAGACUAGGUCGUCAUACGCUGUAUUGUGACUACAGUUUCAACUAAUCGUACUUGAUGAAGAAAGUUAGGCCUGGGUCAGACACCUUACUAAACACGAGUAGAAUCGAAUUCGAUUUAGGCCGAUCCAAAUUGAGUUAGGCCGGCUGAAUUGAUUCGGACGCCGAACUCUAUUGUCACCGUAUUGUAGCCGAACCAAUUCAAUUCAAUUCAAUUUUUAUUCACACUUUUAUAAUUCAAAAGGUUAAAAAUGCGCAUUGGAUUUUAAAUACAUCAUAAGGAUUUUUAGCAUUUGGUUCGGCGACUGAAUCCAUAUCGGUUCCCAGCCUUUAUUACACGACCAUUAACAAAUAAUCUCCUGGUAAUAAGAACCGAAAUAUUACGCUAUUUGGUCUGAUUGUUGUGUAAUUCUUACAUAUACGUUUUAAAGUAUUCUUAUAUGUUAGCGUUCAUUAUCUUGAUAUAUUUUCUUCAUUUGGUGACGGGUAAAGGUACUAAAAUUUCCCGACAUAUUUGACAUUCUUCUGAGAAAACCCAACCUGAAGAGAGGAACUAUUUUCAUGAUUUGUGAACGUGGCCUUUUUAACCUUCUGCCUUGGGUAAACGUACUUCAUCUAAACCAACCCAGGAAACGUAAUAAAACAGAGUAUACCUUCCUCUGCCUGUCCCAGGAUGUCUGUCAUAUGAACGUAGUUCAUUGGCGUUCGCUUUGAUGCGUCUUUUGUAGCUUAGUGGUAGAGCAUCUGGAAUGUUAAGCAGACGGUUCAAACCCUGUUGGAAGAUCAUAGUCACAGAUGUUUUCAUUCCGAUUCGCCUGUGUCCCCGGCGUAGUAGUAAAUGUACUAGGCUUUUCUCCUGUGUGUGGUCUUUCAUGUUUUAGAUUAACAUUGUUACAUGGGAAUGCCUUUUAUUUUUUUCUUUCAGUUAUUCCAAAUGUUUUACCAGCGCAGACAAUAUUCUAUUUUUGAAAACCUUUUGGAGUGGGCUGUGUACGUGCUAGCCAUUAUUUAUGUGGCGGAUGAAUUUGACGUUCCGUUGGUAAACAGGUAAUUUUUCGACUGAUGGGUCAGUGAAGCUGUCCCAGUCUUAACUGGUAACUCCCCAUAAUUAUUUGCUUGCAUACCGUAUUUAUUCAAAUAAGCGCCCAACCUCGAAUUGGCGUCCACCUCGAAUAAGCGCCCGUCCUAAAGGCAGAAAACGUUAAAAUAAGCGCCCAGCCUCGAAUAAGCGCCCACUCCCACUCAAACUCAAAUAAGCGCCCUAGCAAUCCAUGACCUUAGACGAUGAUGACUAGUUUCUGCUGUGCUCAAAUACCUGCUUAGUUUAAACUUUGCCCAUUAUUAUUCACUUGCUUGGCACUGAUAAAAAAAAUUAGUGGAAUUUUCAAAGUUGGUGUUAUUGAAACUAGACGACGCUGUCUUAUGUAUUUUCUUGUGUGUUCCACAGAUGCAGUGAAGACAAACAAACCAUUGGAGCAUUAUCAAUUUUCUGUGCCUGGAUGGCCCUGGUGUUGUUCAUAAGAAAGUUUCCCAGGCUUGGAAUAUACGUUGUGAUGUUUACCAGUAUAAUGUAUACAUUCACGAAGUUUUUCCUGAUAUUUGUGCUGUUCCUGGUGGCUUUUGCUUUGGCCUUUUACACCUUGUUGAAAGACCAGCAGGUUAGUAACAUGGGCCUCAUUUAG